UUUGUUGUCAGUCAUUGUUGAAGCAUUGCGCCGCUGGAGUCAUACACAGACAGCAUUGCUGAUUCGGAGUACAAAGCGUCCGAGGCACCCUUCACGUCUUGAACAAUCACCCAACAGCACGAGACUCUGCCAACGACCGCACGCACGCGAGCACACACCUCGUUUUUUAUAUACAAAGCACUGCGGACGAUCUUCGAAUCCGAGCCCAUUCCUCGCCACACGCAACCGCGAACAGCAGCGUUCGAGUCCGCAAGUCUCGAACUGCGCAGCGCACCUCUCGUCUCUUCAGACCCACCACACAAACAUCUACACCAGUCAUGUCUGCUUCUACACGCGGUCGCGGCGGCAAGUUCGCCAAGCCCAAGCGCGGAGGCGGCAAGCACUUCUCGCGAGACCUCCAGCCGCUCAACGCGGAUGGCGAGGUCGUCGGCAUGUGGGGCGAUGAGCCCGUGAAGGAGGAGUCCGAAGAGGAAGACUCCGAAGAGGAGUCUAGCGAAGACGAGAACGCGAAGCCGCAGGCCGAGAUGACCCGUGAGGAGCGCCGUGCGGCCGCCAAAGCCCGCAAGCAGGCCGCCAUCGCAAGACAGAACAAGAAGAUCCCCGAGGCCGGCGACCUGCCUUCCUCCUCCGAGGAAGAGUCCGACAACGACGACGACGACAUGCCUGCGAACCCAAACCACACAGCCAAGGCCCGCAACCAGGCCGCAAAGGCACCCGAGCCCGUCGAUGCUCCCGCUCCGACGGACAAGGGCAAGGGCAAGCAGGACCUAAGCCAGCUCAGCCGACGCGAGCGCGAGGCCAUCCAGGCACAGCAGGCCAAGGAGCGGUACGAGAAGCUGCACGCUGAGGGUAAGACGGACCAGGCGCGUGCCGACCUCGAGCGCCUGCAGCAGGUGCGCGAGCGCCGUGAGGCCGAGGCUGCGAGGAAGAAGGCCGAGGCUGAAGAACGCGCUGAGCAUGAGAAGGCCAAGAAGGAGCAAAUUGAGCGCGACGAACGACGGAGGAUAGCCGCCCAGGGCACCAAGAAGGGCGCGAAGAAGGGCUCGAAGAAGUAGAAGGAGCUUUACUCUUCCUCAAGGGCACGCCAAUGACUGGAUCCUCGUGUGGUCUUGCGAAUCAUGGGUGUGAAUGGGGCGGUUCUGCUUGCAUAGCCUGUGAGAAGCGAGGAAUCCACGAAUUCAUGAGAUAUGUCGGUGGAGGUUGGCAAUGCGAUUGCCAGACCGAAUCUCUAGGCCCGUGUAGAGUAUACGAAUUUUUUUACUGGCCUCG